UUUAUAUCAUGACUAGUGUUGGAAAAAGUGUCGUUAGUGUCCAUAACACAACAGAUCAACGUACGAGACGUAAAUAUUUUCUUCCUGUAAACAACAGUUAUCUUGAUUUGGCUGUAGCAAUACACAGUAUCACUCCUGACAAAAACGCGACAAGCACUUUUCACUUUCCUUUGUGUGGACCCAACACAUACUAUCGUAAAAUUAAUGGAACAUUGAACUGCACGUGUAUGGAAGGAUACUUUGGAGAAUGUAACUCGUGCAGGAGAGCCAAAGAUUGCACUGAGGUACAAAAUAAUGGCAAGAACGAAAGUGGAGUUUAUCAAAUUGAUCCUGAUGGUAAAGGAUCUUUUAAUGUCUACUGUGACAUGACUUCAAAUGGUGGUGGCUGGACUGUAUUUCAAAGACGCAUAGAUGGAAGUGUUGAUUUCUAUCGUGGGUGGAAUGACUAUAAAGAAGGUUUUGGUAAUCUUAGUUCUGAAUUUUGGCUUGGAUUGGAUAAAAUACACCGACUAACAUCUGCAAGGAGAAAUAAACUUCGUGUAGACCUGGGAGACUGGUCAGGAAAUAAAGCAUAUGCUGAAUAUGAUUAUUUUGCUGUAAAGAAUGAAAAUAAAAAAUAUCAACUAAGUCUUGGUAAUUAUUCUGGAAAUGCUGGAGAUUCAUUAUCUUAUCAUAAUGGCAUGGCGUUUACAACAAAAGAUUCAGAUAAUGAUAAAAGUAGUGGAAUAAGCUGUGCCACUUCUUGGAGAGGUGCUUGGUGGUAUAAGCAUUGCUAUCAUUCUAACCUGAAUGGACACUACUAUAGUGGCAACCAAUACAAUUACAAAGGUGUGAUUUGGGGUCAUUGGAAACGUAUUAACUCCUUAAAGUUUACUGAGAUGAAAAUAAAACCAUAAAGAAUUUCCAAAGACUGUGAUGUUAUAAAUUUGAUCAUUAUUUCUAAUGAAACUUUCAACAUAUAAUAAAAACAUUUUAGCUUUUAUGUCUUUUAAAACAACCUUGAUGAAAUUGUUAAAAAUGCGUUGGUGAAACAAUACUUUUCUAAUAUUUUCCCUAAAAAUUAGAGCUGAUUUAGGUAAUUAUAUGAUUCUAAUGUUA